CAGUCGCAUCUGUCGAGCUAGUUAUCUUCUCAGAUGCAGCCAGCGAACUCAAGAUGCCGUUCCUGGUUCAGAUUCACAUUACGGCCAGCGGCAGGAAGCAGUAUGUAACGCUUUUUGGCGCUGCCUUGUUGUUUCCGCGCGGUGGCAAUUAAUUGACGCUUAAGUCGACGGCCGUGAGUGCUGUUUAUAGGUAGGCAACACUGAGGUCAGCUUGUGGUUGGACCACGGCCUUCAAACUCGUACCAAUACUAUAGUCCAAUACCCAAAGGAUUGCCUCCCGCAGUGUACUUCAAGCUCACUGUUCGGCACUCGUUCUGCUUGUCAUUCAUCGUGGACCUACUACGUUCGACAACACUCUGUUGAUAACGAUACCGGGACUGUAAUUAUCAUGCCAUCAGGUACUCAAUCUACAGCUUACAAGAAGCCUGCUGCGUCCGCAUCUUCGAAGGAUUCAUUUUUGAAGACGCCACAUGCCACUGACCAGCAGGUUACACCACGCGUUCAUUCCUCUAUUUCUUCCAAAGAGAAUGUAGGCAGUGCCAGCCCAUCGAUUUCAACGUCUUCCACUGCAUCUCCGAGACUCGACCAGCGUGAAGCAUCUGCGGGCACAUCCACACUCCUUCCACAAAAUCAUUCCAGGCGCAGCAGCCUCCGGUGUCGCUCUCAAUCUAAGGAUCACUCUUCAUUUGUGGGGUCUUCUGAGAUCAAACGUGUCAACAAAUCCAACCAGAGCUUCUUGACCGGGUUCUUUCGCAAGCUAAUCUGCUGCGUCGGCCCCAAUACCCGAGCUCAUGACAUUGAUGUUGAUGGCGUGGCAAGUAUUGGGUCAGGUCCUACUUUGCGGACCCACAAGACCGCGGACAAUGAUAUGAAGGAAUUUUCUGAAAAGGUACCGGAAGAAACUAGCCUUGCACUAGUAGCUCCGGUGCCACCCUCAAAGGAGCAUGGCCAACCUGUUGCGCCUCCUAAAGACGUGCUACCUAUCGCGGAGACUGGGGGCGCCACCAGUGGGGCAGUGCAGCCGCCGGGUUCUUCUGUUCCUGGCCAGGUAUUGAAAACAUCUUCAAGUCGCCCGUCCGAACAUGGUAUCGAGUCAGAUGACUUUCCGAUUGAUGAGCUAAGCGAGGAAGACGAGAUGUUGAUCAAGAAUGGGGGUGCGGGCAUUCCCAUUGGCUCUGACGGGAAGCCAUGUCCGCUUUUGCCACCUAUCGCGCCUGAACAUACUGGCAAGAAGUGUCUAGUCCUGGACCUGGACGAGACCCUCGUUCAUAGUAAUUUCAGGGCUAUACCAGAUCCAGACUUUAUCGUUCCUGUCGAAAUCGAACACCACUGGCACAACAUGUACGUACAGAAGCGUCCAGGAGUGGACGAGUUUCUUCGGCAGAUGGGCCAGAUGUACGAAGUGGUAGUGUAUACCGCAAGUCUGGGUUCUUAUGCGGAUCCGGUGAUGGACUAUCUUGACAUCAACAAAACGGUUUCGCAUAGGCUCUUCCGAGAAAGCUGUUUCCGAUACAGAGGAAAUUAUGUCAAGGACUUGUCGCAGCUUGGACGUCCCAUGGCAGAUACCAUCAUCAUCGACAAUUCGCCGGCGUCAUAUAUCUUCCACCCCACGAAUGCCGUGCCUAUUUCCUCAUGGUUUAACGAUCCUCAUGAUACUGAAUUGAUAGACAUCUGUCCCCUUCUUGCUGACCUCCAUGACACGAAAGAUGUACGGAGCGCGUUGAACACUUGUAUGUGAAGCCCAGUUUUAUUUAUCGCUGACCUGGGGUGUGCUGGCAGUAUUUAUGGGACACUGGUGUUGUAAACGUUUAUGACCUAAAUGACGAGACAUGACAUGUGUAUGGAUAGAUGUAGACUCGCAGAGUUGAGAAUACAUUGUCAUAGCAAGUACGACAAGUAAUAUGACACCCCAUUGUUAUAUAGAAAAUAUUGCGUACCGAGAGGUAUACAGCACCUACACA